CAGUCAUCGCAACAUUCUCAAGUCAGAGACCAAAACCGUCAAAUCAAAACACAGAGUCAUAAUGGGAUCUUUGGCUGAAACACAGGUUACUCCGGCUAAAAUCUCCGACGAAGAAGCCAACCUCUUUGCUAUGCAGCUCGCUGGUGCCACCGUGCUUCCGAUGGUUCUGACAUCAGCCCUGGAGCUCGACCUUCUCGAGAUCAUAUCCAAGAAUGUCGCUCUCCCUGGCGGUCAACUGUCUCCCUCGGAGGUAGCUUCUUAUCUUCCGACCAAAAACCCUGAUGCUCCAGUCAUGGUUGACCGGAUCCUUAGGUUGCUUGCGGCUUACUCCGUCUUAACCUGCUCUGUCCGUAAGCUUCCCGAUGGCGGCGUGGAACGUCUGUACGGACUUGGACCGGUAUGCAAGUACCUUAUUAAGAACGAAGACGGAGUUGCACUCGAUGCACUCUGUCAUUUGAACAGAGACAGGGUCUUCAUGGAGAGCUGGUAUCAUUUGAAAGAUGCAGUUCUUGAAGGUGGGAUUCCAUUCAACAGGGCAUUUGGUAUGGGCGCUUUCGAGUACCAAGGGUCUGAUCCGAGGUUCAACAAGGUGUUCAACAGUGGAAUGUCCAACCACACGACGAUAGUCAUGACCAAGAUUCUAGAGAUAUACAAAGGCUUUGAGGGAUUAUCUUCGUUGGUUGAUGUUGGUGGUGGCAUUGGAGUUACUCUCCGUAUGAUUGUCUCCAAGCACCCAUACAUCAAGGGGAUCCUCUAUGAUCUCCCUCAUGUCAUCGAGGAAGCUAUUUCCUAUCCUGGUAUUGAACACAUUGGCGGAGAUAUGUUUGUGAAUGUCCCUAAAGCAGAUGCCAUCUUCAUGAAGUGGAUAUGUCAUGAUCGGAGUGACCAACACUGUUUGAAAUUUCUCAAGAAUUGUUAUGAAGCACUCCCAGACAACGGGAAAGUGAUAGUGGCGGAAUCAAUGCUUCCGGUGUUGCCAGACUCAAGCCUCAUGACUAAAGAAGUUGUCCACAUGGACUGCCUCAUGCUGGCUCACAACCCCGGAGGCAAAGAACGGACUGAGAAGGAGUUUGAAGCAUUAGCCAGAGGUUCUGGCUUCCAAGGCUUUCAAGUUGUCUGCAGAGCCUAUGGUACUCACAUCUUCGAGUUCCUCAAGAAGAUAUGAGCCUAAUAAGUACAAAUAUCCAUGGAACAUUUUCUUCUCGAUUUUUUGCGUCCAGAUAUUUUUUCUACAUUUCCAGUGUUAUCCUGUUCUGCAUAUAUGUUGUUUCUCUGGCUUGUGAGGCCACUAUCGUCGUUGUUUACUUGUUUAAGCUGUUUUUGAUGUUGUUGGAAAAUGCAUUUCUUUGUAAUUGUAUUUCCGAUUUUAAUGCAUAUGAAUAAAACCAAGACCAAAUAAUAUGUUAAAUCAAAGC